AUGCCGCCCAAGACUGAUGUAGCCAAGCCCAAGGCUCCGAAGAAGGUUGCCGCCUCUCAUCCACCCUACAACGAGAUGGUCAUCGCCGCCAUCACCGCUCUGAAGGAGCGCUCGGGCUCCAGCCGUCAGGCCAUCCUCAAGUACAUCCAAGCCAACAACAGCGGCCUCAAGCCCGGCUACGAAACUCACGCCAAGAUGGCUCUCAAGCGCCUGGUGGCCAAAGGCACCCUCGUCCAGCCCAAGGGAACCGGGGCGUCUGGCAGCUUCAAGAUCGGGAAGGUGGAGAAACCGGAGAAAAAACCAGUCGCCAAGAAACCAGCCCCUAAGAAAGUAGCAGAAAAACCUAAGAAGCCUGCCACUCCGAAGAAGCCUGCUGCCAAGGCUACCACCAAGCCCAAGAAGACGACGACCAAGAAGGCCACUACUGCCAAGCCGAAAACCACUGCCAAGCCCAAAAAGCCAGCUGUCAAGGCCACCAAGGCUGCCAAGCCUAAGAAGACAACGAAGGCCACCACCAAGCCAAAACCAAGGAAGGCAAGUGGAGCAAAGAAGACGGCUAAGACUGCUCCCAAGAGCCCCAAGAAGUAA